AUGUCAAGAGCUCGACAAAAUUGUAUUCACGAAGCUUUGCAGCUAGAACCUUCAGCAUACGCCGAAGAAGUUGGAUACAAAUGGCCUACUCCUGAUCGAAGGUUGGCUGCGACAACGAAGUCAGGUCGAAAUCCGCUGGCUGUAAGAGGCCAGGAAGCUGGAUCAUUGGAGAAACUUACAGAAGAAUUUACGAGCAAACUGUCCGAUGUAUUCCCAGGCCCGCUGGUUCUGCCCGAUGAUGAACUGGCGAACGACCCCAAAUAUCCACCUCAGUCGUUCCGAUCAUGGCUUAAUGAACCGCUACGCAAGAACCGCAAAAUUAACAAAAAGCGCAAGACGUUGUAUGUUGCGAACACGCCUGAAAUCACGCUUGGCGUGGAUUAUAUGAAGAAAUGGCUGGAGCCAAAGGUUAAAAAGAGUCCAAAAUUGGCCAGUGGGAAGUUAGAACCGCCGUCAGAUCAUGCCGUCGAGUAUACGAGAGCGUUUUACCAUAGAUUGUCUGUUGAAGCAUUUCCCAUCCAGUUGCAGUUCGUUCCGUGGACGGAGCCAAAGAAGUCGGCAGAGCCAAGCAACGGGACUCAGUAUGUUGGGCUUCUCGCAGGUAAUAACUGCACUCGCAUUCGCACGAGGCCAUCUCCGGAUGGAAUUUUUGGAGGACAGUUAAAUCUCGAGGAUCUUCUUGAUGCCGCUAUCGAAAUGGUGCCUAAAGAAGCAUAUUCUAUCAUUCUACUCAUUGAUCACGACAUGUACGAGGACGAGGAUGAUGACUUCUGCUGUGGUAGAGCAUAUGGAGGCAACCGCGUGUCGGUAGUUUCUACUGCACGAUAUCAUCCCGCUCUAGAUAGCCAUGCUGGAAUCGAUUUCGCGCACAUGUGGCCUGCCUCUCAUUGCAAGUCCUAUGUCGACGACGCAGGUACGGUAAAGGGUCUCCGACUACACCCCAGGGAGAACAAUGAGGGGGGAACUAUGUCUGGGCCGUUAUGGGUCGCCAUGGAGGCAGCAAGAAGUCUUAAAGAGCCCUUAACUCUGGAGGACCGAAAGGGUCUGUGGUUCUCUAGAAUUGCAAGGACGGUGGUACAUGAGCUUGGUCACUGCCUUGGUUUGGACCAUUGCGUUUAUUAUGCUUGUGUUAUGCAGGGCUCGUCGCGGAUAGCGGAAGAUGUCAGACAACCCCCCUAUCUAUGUCCCGUAUGCUUAAGUAAAGUUUCCUACGCAAUUGCUUGUGAAUUAGAAGGACGGGAUGAGGAUGGUAAGGAAGAAUACAUUAAGGAGCGAUAUGAAUCACUGGCGAACUUCUGCGAGUUGUGGGAACACGUUGGCAUGUUUGCUGGGUACGGAGCUUGGUUGCGUGCAAGGCUUGAAGGCCUUGAACAACAAAUGUAA